AUGACUAAUGAGCUGGGUAAAAAAGAUAAAAAUCAUGUUGAUCAACCCACUGACAUUGUUAAUAUUGAGGAACUGGACUCUGAUGAUGUUUAUAUUGGGAAAAGAUUAGCUCUUGGAAUUUCUAAAAGAUUGAAGAAUAGAAAAGGACAAGUUGUUGGAUCCUCCAACACUCCCUCCAAAUCUGUCAGGAACAAAACUAGUGUUGGUCCCACAAAAAGAUGGGGCAAGGUGGUGACUCAUGACAUCAUCUCUACUUCCAGAAAGCAAGCCUCUGGGAAGAAGAUACUAGCCAAUAUUCCUAAAGUUCCACUUGACAACAUUUCUUUUCACUCUAUUGAAAAUGUUGAAAAAUGGAAAUUUGUGUAUCGAAGAAGGUUAGUACUGGAAAGGGAAUUGGGGAAAGAUGCUUUUGAGUGUAAAGAAGUGUUGAGUUUGAUUCAAAAAGUUGGAUUAAUGAAAACUGUAAUAGGUUUUGGCAAGUACUAUAAAAUGAUUGUCAAAGAAUUUAUUGUGAACAUCUCCAAGGAGUGUGACAACAAAAGGAGCAAGGAAUUCAGAAAAGUGUAUGCCAUAGGAAGAUGUGUGGAUUUUUCUCCUAAAAUAAUCAACAGGUUCUUGGGCAGAAAUGAAGAAGAACAAGCUGAAAUUGAUGUCUCUGGCAAUGUCAUCUGCAGAGAGAUUACUGCUAAGCAAGUGAAGGAAUGUCAAAGGAAAGGAAAAUUGUCUGCUAGUGCCUUGAGUGUCAAGUAUGUUGUGCUCCACGGAAUUGGAGCUGCAAAUUGGGUUCCAACCAAUCGUACCUCCAAUAUAGCUACUGGGCUAGGUAAGUUUAUCUAUAUUUUUGGGACCAAGGCAAAUUUUGACUUUAAAUCCUAUGUUUCUGAUCAAACUAUGAAGCAUGCUUCUUUUUAUCCUGUGAAAAUGCCAAUAGAUUUUCCUUCCUUGAUUUGUAGGGUUAUCCUGAGUCAACACCCCAAUAUAUUAAUCAAUUAUGAAAGUACAUGCAAAAGGGACCCUCCUCUCUCAUUGCAUUAUAGGUUGUUCACUGGGAAACAUACUCCUUCAAGGUCUACUAACAGAACAUGCAUCUUAUCUGAGUUGAAAGACACCUACAAGACCUUGGAUGAAACUAUAAAAAGUUGUACUAAAAGGAAAAGCAAAAUUGAAAUGUUGAUUAAGGCUCUGUCUGAAGAAGAAGGUGGGUUGAAAAGUGAUGGAACGAAUUAA